UGCAGCUCGUCCCUGCCUGCGUCCUGCCAGAACUCCACCGCGGAGACGGACCUCUGCUGCUUCGAGGGUCUGCACGGACCGACUGUUCAAACGAUGCGGUGCCGUGGUGCUUUAGUUCUGGGAACCGACCCUGUGACGGGUCCUACGAACAGCUGGACGAUCCACGGUCUCUGGCCGAACUCCUGCGACGGUGAAUAUCCUGAAAACUGCGACUCUUCGCGCGAUUAUACGGACAUCACCUCGCUGCUCGAGGACCAGGGUGCGAGCGACACCCUCGAUUACAUGAACACGUACUGGCUCAGCGACGACGAGUCGAACGAGAAAUUCUGGGAGCACGAAUGGGACACGCACGGCACGUGCUACACCACCCUCGAAAGCUCUUGCUUCAGCGACUACGAGACCGGCGAGGACGCCGUCACGUUCUUCGAGACGGUCGUCACCCUCUUCAAGACGCUCCCGACGUACGACUGGCUGUCCAGCGCGGGCAUCACGCCCUCGAGCAGCCAGACCUACACGCUCGACGAGCUCCAGGCGGCCGUGCAGAAUGCGACUGGUGUCUCUGCCUCGUUCGACUGCGACGACGACGAGCUCUACCAGAUCGAGUACUGGUUCAACGUCCAGGGCCCCGUCCCGAGCGGUGACUUCGUCGCUAUCGAUGCCUACGAGGCCGGUUCGUGCAAGUCGAGCGGCAUCAAGUACCUGCCGAAAAGCUCGGACGAC